AUGGAACAUGUUCAACGAAACCUAAAGAUGAGACUUAAUUCGUUUUCAGUUAGUAAUUUUAUGGUUUUUUUUCUUUUUGUCCUUGUCUCAUGUCGUUGUGUGAGAAUUACUGAACCGAGCUUAGAGACCAUAGAAACAGAUGCGACAAUUCGCGAUAAUUCUUCAUCAAUUGCAGGUAAAUUGUUUGACAGAUUUGUCGUCAUAUGGCUAGAAAAUACCAAUGAGAAGACAGCUUCUGCUGACGCAGAUUUGCGUUGGUUGGCCGAACGAGGGAUUACGUUAACCAAUUAUUGGGCAUUGACCCAUCCGUCAGAACCAAACUACAUUGCGUCGGUAAGUGGUGAUACUUUUGGCUUGGAUAAAGAUUCCUUUAUAACAAUUCCUAGUAAUAUAUCCACUGUAGUUGAUUUGUUAGAGACUGAAAAUAUUACAUGGGGUGAAUAUCAAGAAGAUCUUCCUUAUUCUGGAUUUCAAGGUCUCACUUUUUCAAGCCACGAUAAUUCUGCUAAGGGUUACGUUAGAAAACAUAAUCCUUUGAUAUCAUUCGACUCGAUUACGAAUAAUUCAUCAAGACUAUCAAAAAUCAAGAACUUUACAGAAUUUCAUAACGAUUUAGGUCGACACGAAUUGCCAAGUUGGAUGUUUAUUGCACCCAAUAUGAUGAACGAUGGCCAUGAUUCAAAUAUAGAAACGGCAGGUCGCUGGUGCAGAAAAUUCGUGGAGCCAUUGUUUGAUAAUGAAUACUUUAUAUCUAAGACACUAAUGCUUAUAACUUUUGAUGAAAAUGAAUCCUACAGUGAAGCAAAUAAAGUCUGGGCAUUAUUAUUAGGAGGGGUUAUUGACAAAUCGCACCUCAAUACUAGUGAUAAUACAUACUACACCCAUUACUCGGAAUUAUCGACAGUUGAAAAUAAUUGGGAUUUAUGUAACUUGGGAAGAAAUGAUACAAAUAAUAAUGGAAAUGCUAAUGUCUUCAAAGUUCUUGCGGAAAAGUCAGGUUAUACAAAUAGAUACGUUGAUACAGUAAACCAAUACUUCAAUAAGCCAAUUCGUGGUUACUGGAGUGGACAUAAAAUUCUCCCAGGAAUUAACUGUUCGGCUAUUGGUACCAGUGAUAAAGGUGUAUUAAUCAAGAUCAAGAAUACCUGGUGUAAUGUUCGAGACAGAGUAAAUUCGUCCCGAACUUCUACUGCUCCCUUGAGUCGCAGCCACAAUGAAUAUGUUGUAGGUAUGGUUUUAUCGUUUAGUUUUAUUUUUAUUUAUUUAUACUGA